CUUCAACAGCUGUUUUCAAUUUUAUUCAGGGUAGAUUAUAAUGUUCGCAUAUGCCAAAGAGUUAUUUUUAUGCCCGGAGCUUUAACAGUAACUUGUAUACUGUAAAGUGUAUGAAUAGACUUUGCGCAUAAAAGAAUACAAUUGAUCAGGAUAUUCAGCAUCCGUACAUGCAUGAAUGAAUGACAACAAAAUAGAUAAAGAUAAAAUGGCAAGUAUGCUCCGAUGCGUGACCGUUGGGGAUGGAGCCGUGGGAAAAACUAGUAUGCUUCUCAGCUACAGCCAGGGCGGAUUCCCAGAUGAAUACGUGCCGACCAUCUUAGACCAAUACGCAGCUAAUAUCACUGUCAAUGGAACUCCAUAUAUCCUUGAACUUGUGGACACAGCUGGACAAGAGGAUUACGAUCGUUUGCGACCUCUUUCUUACAACAAAGCAGAUAUAUUUUUAGUUUGUUUUUCUGUAGUCGUACCAUCAUCUUACAACAAUGUUAAAGAAACAUGGAUUCCAGAGUUGCACGCAACGAAAUCUAAUGUACCGUUUUUAUUGGUUGGAACCCAAAUUGACUUGAGAGAUGAUCCGAAAGUAUUACAAGAUCUUCACUCAAGAAAGCAAAAGGUUAUAUCUAAAGAAAUCGGACAAAAAAUUGCCAAAAAACUCGGAGCAGCGGGUUACCGAGAAUGUUCAGCUUUGACAAUGGUCGGAAUUAAGGACGUUUUUGAUGAAAGCAUUUACAUUAUUCUCAACCCACCGGAAAAGGAGAGGAGUAUACGAAAAACUUGCUGUCCUAUAUCCUGAUAGGUGGGACACGAAAUGAUCAAAAUAUGGAAAUAUCCAUUCAUAUGUUAUAUGGAGCAAAUCAAUCGGAUCUGUAUGCUACCCGCGUGGUCAAACAGUUUCUAUCGUGAAACAGCACAUGUAAUUCCUGCCAAUUAUAUAAAAUUGCAUGGACUUGUUUUUCUUCCAGGAUUGUUUUCAGGAGUGUUGGGCAAAGUCGGACUUAUGCUAAAAACUAGAAUACAAACAAUUUUAACACGAGAGAACUUUCGGUUGUUGUUGUUGGGGUAGAAAUGGCGGCGGUUGUUGACUUUCCAACCACUAGACCGACCGCUGUCAAACUUUACUAGUCUAAAAUCAAAGUGUUUUCCCGGAUGCUGUUGAUUUGCGUUUAUCCCAAAUUUUGAAAAUGUUGAAAAUUAUGCCACUUGAUUUUAUCUAGCUUUAUCUCGUUAAAGUGACUCGUAGCGCCAUAACUAACUUGAUCUGUAAAUGGAGCGAUUAUUAUAAUUAUAAAAUCAUCGCGAGAUAUUGCGAAUAACUAAACAUCACACAUGUUUUUAUUAGAAAAUUUCUGUAUGGCAACAAUAUGAACAAACAUUAUAUUGUACACAAUAUUCAAACAUUGCACACACAGAAAAAUCACAUUUUUAUUACGGUGAUUUAUGCACGUCAAUGUAGUCUCCUAUCGUAACAAUCUUUCCACUUUUGCAUAUGGAUACACGUUGCAUUGCUUUAAGAAAUUUAUAGACGUUUAGACAAAAUAGACGUUUAAAAGUGUUGUGUGACCUUCAAGUUUUGGGUGUCACAGUGAAGCAGAAGGUCUAUCCAUAGCUUGCACUUCUUAAUUAACCUUGUUUUGUUGCAUUUUACUCAGUUAUUGCAUUCAAAUUCCGAAUUACAACUCGUCCGAAUAAAUACGUUUUAUAAAUAUUGCUGUUCAUCUAAGAUUUUUGCUGUAUAUCAUGGCACCUUGUACUCUUCGUAUUCCUCUAUUUAUUGAUACUUUUUUCAAUUUUCCCACUUUUAUCCAUUUUCAUUUCUGAUUAUCGAGAAAAUUUUGUUAUUGGCAACACGUGAGCGUGUUUGACCUAUUUCAAAAUUUUCGUAGCAAAAUUAGUGUUUUUGAUGAAAUUAAAAAAAAUGAACAAAUAAA